AUGACUACAGAAACACUUUCCACAGACGAAAUUCUCAAAAAAUUCUCAGAUCCUGAUCUUGCUGCCCAUGCAUAUCUUGAUCUUUCUUUUCAAAAAUAUAACCCUAUGACUCAGCAGGCUGAGCUGCACUCGCAAAGCUCUCAGCUGCUGUCUCAACUAGACCAUGCCACCGAAGAGCUGACUUGGAACCUCGAGACUAUAAUGAACGAACUUAAAAAGUCUGGCCCACGGUUGACGUACCAAAUUGAACUUCUUCGAACAGGAGUCUCGGGAUUGGUCUCUGACAUAGAGGAGAUUGCAUCUCCUCAGAUAGAAACGAUAAAAAAGACACGAGAAGUUGAUACAGAGCAAGACCAAACUGUUGCCCGGCUGCAACAACUUGAAACAGUACGCAAAAAAAUGUGUCAAGUGGAGACAGUAUUAAAAGAAGCAAGGGAAUUUGACGAGGAGGUUUUAACCAAAGAAGUCUCUCGUCUAAUUGAUGAGGGUGAUAUGGAGUCUGCAUUACAAAAAGUGGAGCAUGCUGCAGAGCUAAUUCAAGUGUGGAAAGGAACUAGCAUUUACACAGGACGGGCGAAAUUUGUUGCUCAACUGCGAAAAAAAAUUGAGACUGCCCUUGGACAAAAAGAUAGUACAAACUUAUCGCGGCAACAGAAGAAUGAUAGGCCUAGCAGAUCUUCUAAUUCACCUGCAGUUUCACGGCCAGGUACACCCUCGGGAUCAAAGAAAUCAAAUGAAAACGAAGGCUCUUAUUAUGGCUUGCUUGGGCAACUGCAAAGAAAGAUUGGCUAUUAG